CGGGAAGCCAUCAGGGCACUGCUAUUUAAACCGCUUCCCCUAGCGGUUAGCAGGACAGAGAGAACCAGCAUGGAGCCCAGCCUAGUCCUCCUGCUGGCCCUGACCUUGGGGCCCAUCCAGCCCAGUAGCGGCCAGCCCCUCCAUGUGGAUCCCCCUGAGCCCGUGGUGGCUGUGGCCCUGGGCACAUCCUGCCAGCUGACCUGCAGCCUGUCCUGUGGGGAGGGUGUGGCCCAGGUACAGUGGCGUGGCCUGGAUACCACUCUGGGAUCCGUGCAGUCCAUUGCUGGCAACAGCAUCCUCACCGUGCACAGUGCAAAACUAUCAGACACAGGCACACACCUGUGUGUGGGCUCCUGCAGGGGUCAAAACUACCAGCACUCUGUGAAGAUCCUUGUGUAUGCCUUCCAGGAUGAACUGGAGGUGUCCCCUGUGUUCCUGGUUCCUGGACAGGACCAAGAAGUAUCCUGCACAGCCCACAAUGUGUGGCCUGUGGGUCCGGACACCCUCUCCUUUGCCCUGCUACUGGGGGACCAGAACCUGGAGGGUGUCCAAGUCCUGGAACUGGAACAAGAGGAGGAAACUGAGGACACUGAGGACCCCCUGUUCCGAGUUACACAGCGCUGGCUAGUACCUGCCAUGGUGACCCCCAUGCCUCCUGCCCUUCUCUGCCAGGCCACCAUGCAGCUGCCUGGCCUGAAGCUGACCAACCAAAGGGUCCUUCCAGUUCUGCAGAUUCAGACCUCAGUGGAGCCCCUCGACACCACCUCUGCAAAGUCCCACAUCUUGACUUCAUCAGAACCCACUGAGGCCAUCUCCAUGGGGCCCCCUGACACCACCACCCUGCCGUCCACCCCCCAGCAGGGUCUCACGUUCAACCCUAGGACUCUGGGUUCUGCUGGAACUUGUCACCCCGAGAUCCGCCAGGAGCAGGAGGCUGGCUGGCAACUGCUCUGUGAAGCGUUCUGUGGCCCAGGCAUGGCUGUGCGCUGGACCCUGGCUCCUGGGGGCCUGGCAGCCUACCACAAGACAGAGGCUGGGGCCCAGGCAUGGCUGAGUGUGCCGCCCCCAGGGCCCAUCCCCGAGGGCUGGUUCCAGUGCCGCCUGGACCCUGGGGGGCAGGUGACCAGUCUGUAUGUCCCAGGCCAGUUGUUCUCAAAAUCCGGCUCCGCCACCUCCCUGUGGACUGGCAGCUUGGCACUGGGGCUGCUCCUGCUCGCCUUUCUUGCUUACCGACUGUGGAAAUACUGCCGGCCAGCUGCUGGCCACCCAGGGCACCCACUAAGCAGUUCUGGUUCGCGCCUCUGAUGCUCCAGACUGCAUCAGACUGAGGGAACCAGGUGGGGGGCCUCUUGCUCCACUGCAGUGCUGGGGUCAAGAGUACAAACUGCAGCCCCUUCCUUGGUGACCAGCACAAGCCCUCCCAGCUUCUGGGCUUCCAGAGCCUUCAGGUCCAGAGCAGAAUAAAGGCUUUCUGUCUGUCUGUCUGUCUUCUGGUUGUACUAGCAAAAUGGGGAGACUUUGAGCAUUUCUCAUCCCAGAGGCCCCGAACAGGCAUACACCCCAGUCCAUCAUGGUAAGGCCAGUCAUAAAAGAGACAAUAGGGUUGGGAAGUACCUGAUCUUAACAAAAUUAAGGCGGUACAGCAAAGAAAUUCGGAAGUGGGCAGACAGGAAGAUGGGGAUUAUGGAGGUGGUGGAGGGGGUGAAAAUGAAGUCAGUGAAUGAAGAACCGAAGCAUAGGCAAAAGAGGGACUUGUGAAUGAGGGUAUUAAGGAGUCACAGUUCAGAGUUACAAUAGGCUGGCAUGGUGGUGCACGCCAGUCAUCCAGCCCUCGAGGUAGAGUCAGGUGGAUCUCUGAGGCCAGCCUGGACUACAUAGUGAUCUCUAGGCCAGCUAGAACUACAGGGAGAAGCGGGGCGGGGCCGUGCUCAGGACGCUAAGCAGCCUGGGGCAGGAAGCAGCAUUAUAGAGGGCUCCCUGGAGCCCUGCUCAGAAGCAGACGAAGCCAGGCCAGACAGAGACCAACCCGAGUCCAAUGUCUGCGACCAGCCUCAGCAAACGCUCUGAACCCAGCACUUCAGUGUUACUAGAGUCCCAGCAGAAGCAUCCUGGGCACACUUAGUCCAGCUUCUCUGGUACCCAGGGGCCUGGUUGCUAGGUGACCAUGUUAAUGAUUUCUUGCCCACUACCAAGAUGGCGAGCAAUCACGCUUCAAGCCAGAAACCACGCCUUUCCUGGGGAACCAUUUUGGAAUCUGACAAAAUUCAAGACUCUAGAUCGAAGCUAGAGCUAGUCACGACGUACAAAGGGGAAACGCAGAGGAAGAAUGCUAGUUAGGACACAGGAAACGGGUGGCCGAUUCCUGAUAUGGCCAUGGGUCUCCCAGACUGAGCUGGGC